AUGUUGGAGAAGAAUUUCCAGAUGAAGGUUCACCCGGAGAUCGUUCGUAGAGCACUCCGCAUUGCGGGCUUGGGGGCUAUCGAGAAGGAAAAAAAGCCUUUGCUUAGUGACGCUGAUGUCAAGAAGAGACUUGCGUGGUGUAAACAGCACAAGGACUGGACUGUUGACGACUGGAAACGUGUUAUUUGGACAGACGAGACCAAAAUUAACCGUUUUAACUCAGAUGGGCGACAGUGGGCCUGGAUUCGAUCUGGUGAACAGCUUCAAAACCACCAUGUCAAGCUCAUGAUGGUAAAACACGGUGGUGGCAGUAUCAUGCUUUGGAGUGCCAUUACGUAUGCUGGCGUUGGCUGGAUGUGCAAGAUAAAUAGUAAUAUGGAUAAGGCACUCUACAAAGAAAUUCUGCAAGACGAAUUGGAAGAGACUACCACUUUUUCCAUCGAGAAAUUGGGCUUCAGCCGUGAACAAGUGAUAUUUCAGCAAGACAAUGAUCCCAAACACGCCUCAAAUUUGGUCAAGGAUUACCUUCAGGAACAGUCAUACCAGGUCAUGGAGUGGCCCCUACAAUCUCCAGACUUGAAUCCUAUCGAAAACAUGUGGGCUUUGUUGAAAAGGCGUCUCAAUGCGUAUGAUACCGCAACCAAGGGUAUGAAUAAAUUAUAUGAGCGAGUAACUGAGAUUUGGUAUGACCAAAUGAAGCCGGAGGAGUGCCGAAAGGUUAUAGAAAGUAUGCCUCGACGUAUUGCGGCCGUUAUCAAAGCAAAAAGAAAAUGGACAAAGUAUUAA